GCCCUUGAACGGUGUCAUACCUUGACAAGUCUAUUGUCUGGAAAUGAACUAUACUGAUUGGGUAGUUUGCAUUCAGUCCGCACUGCUGCUACACACUGUACGGAGUCAGAAAAAUUUUGUUCGAUAAAGUCACCAUCUACUGAUCUAGCUUCUGAGUUUCUUCUAAACUUCUAAACAGUAAUAUAGCUGAAUCCAGCCAGACAUACUGGCAAUACCUGCAUCACUGCCGAUCGACAAACAAUAACUGAUAAGGAUGCAGCCAGCUCCGCAGACAGUCAGCUUCAACCAAAGCCACUCCGGGCAAUGGCAGGCUUUAACCUACACUGGAAUCCUGCAAAUAGUCAUUGGAGCCAUAGCUGUCGCUUUAGGUAUUGGCCUAGCCUGUGUUAGCACACCCCUCGGCUACUCGCCCUAUGGCUUUCUCCAUAUCACUGGAUAUCCAAUCUGGUGUGGAGUCUUGUUCUUUUUGACAGCUGGGAUCUUGGGCCUAAUAUCGGGAUGCAAGAAGAGUUCUCACAUGGCUGCGGGCUACCUGGUGGCAUCCAGCUUUGCCUGUCUUGCUUCGGUCUGUGUCAUCGGCUUAAGCGGUACUGAUCUGUCAUUUAUCGUCGGAUAUUCUUCGCGGAGCAGUUAUUACCAAUACAGUGGUUGUUAA